AGUCGUCAUAGUCCGACUCACGCGCCAACACUAUAACAGCAGCUAGGCGAGCAACAUUCACGCGUUGUUCCUUCGCGGAUAAACAUACCGCGAAAUGUCUUCUUUGAAAAUUUUGCGCGGGAAAAUUGCGCGCCAAAUACUAAAGAAUUUUACAUCUCAAAAUGAUAGUUGCCACAUUAAAGCAAAUCAUAUAGUGAAAAAUUUAUCAAGGUGUUUGGCUACACAGACUGCACCUGUUUUGAAAAAUAAUGCCUUAACUUCUCUCUAUGGAGAAAUUGAAGUGGGUAAUGAAACCUUGCCUGAAUUUGUUUUUAGGGAUUUUGAACUAUGGCCGGAUAUGCCUUGCGUGACUUGCGGUGCGUCAGGCCGCUCUUACGAAUAUGGGAUGAUGAGAUUGAUGAUAGAACGAUGCGCUAACGCCCUCGCCGGCCAUUUGAAGCUGGCAUCUGGGGAGCGAAUCGGUCUCAUCCUACCCAACAUACCGGAGUUCGUGGUACUUAUACAUGGAGCCAUGAGAGCCGGCUUGGUGGUUACCUUUGCUAACCCUUUGUACACGCCUGAUGAAGUACGUCGCCAAUUCGUGGAUUGCAAUGUGAAAGCGAUUGCUACGAUAGAAAUGUUUAUGCCCGUCGCGCUUGAAGUGAGCAAGGCUCUUAAAGAUUACAAAGGCACCAUCUGGGUGGGUGGAGACGACGAUAAAACUAAAGGUGUUUAUGGUCUUCGUUCCUUACUUAUGGCGGAUCACGAAGCAGAUCUGCCAACAGUGAAUGCGGACGAUGUAUGCUUAAUACCAUAUUCCAGUGGCACCACUGGCCUUCCCAAAGGCGUGAUGCUCACACACAAGAACCUGGUUAGCAACUUGAAGCAAGUACAAGUGGCAAAGUUCAUGAAGUAUGAUGGGGAGAAAGGUAAAGGCGAUGUCAUCUUAACAGUUCCACCUUUCUUCCACAUCUAUGGUUUUAACGGUAUUUUGAACUAUAACCUAGUUCUAGGAUACCACAUUGUAUCUAUACCUAAAUUUACACCAGAUGAUUACAUCAAGUGCUUAGUUGAAUAUAAACCGACGACGCUAUUCGUAGUGCCCUCACUUUUAGCCUUUCUGGCAACACAUCCAGCAGUGAAGAAGGAAUAUUUGCAAUCCAUAGAAACCAUAAUGGUUGGGGCUGCUCCAACUACGGACAGCAUGCUAGAGAAAUUUCUACUUAAAUGCGAGAAGACUAAGGACCAGAUUAAAUUGUUGCAAGGUUACGGUAUGACUGAAAGUUCUCCUGUAACGCUGUUAACACCGUACAUAUAUCCAUACGAUAAGAUCGGCUCCGUUGGCCAGCUCGUGCCGUCCACUCAGGCGAGGAUCAUAUCUCUCUCUACGGGAGAAGCGCUGGGACCACAUGAGUCUGGGGAAUUAUUGCUAAAGGGACCACAGGUAAUGAAAGGUUACUGGAACAAUGAGAAAGCGACAAAGGAAACGGUGGACGGUGACGGGUGGCUCCACACUGGCGACGUUGCGUUCUACGACAAAGAUCAUUAUUUCUUUAUUGUCGAUAGGACUAAAGAACUCAUCAAAGUUAAAGGAAAUCAGGUCUCGCCAACUGAAAUCGAAAGUAUCAUAAUGGAACAACCAGAAGUCGCAGAUGUUGCUGUAGUCGGCAUGCCAGACGCGUUGGCGGGAGAGGUGCCAAAAGCAUUCGUCGUUCUGAAACCAAAACAUAAACUAACCGAGAAACAAGUCUAUGACAUAGUCGCUAACAAACUGACCAAAUACAAACACUUAGAAGGCGGCGUCGCGUUUCUAGACGCAAUACCGCGAAACGCCGCCGGUAAAAUUAUGCGGAAUGAACUGAAAGUUUUAGGAAGAAAUAAAUAGAUGUAAUAGAUAAAUUAGCCUCGUUUGUACUUAAAUUCAAUAUAGAAUAAUGUUAGGUUACCGCGCUGAUGCAAAAAAUAGAGCAAAUCUUGAUAAUAUUUGCUUACUUUGAUCUAAUAUAAG